CGCGCGUAUUUCGCGGCUAUCAUCGAAUUUAGCCGACGUUAACCGAUGUUAAACGAAGCCUGUAAGUUUCCGUGUGUGUUAAGUGUUCGUUGGUGUUCAGUUGGUGCGCCUCGACUGGGCAAAAUCGCGUAAAAUGGAAACAGAAUUUCGUUGUGAGGUUGAGGUUGGCCGUUGAAAUAAGUGAACAUGGGAAGGUCCAAGUUUCCCGGGAAGCCGCCGAAGACGGUCACCAGGAAACGGAUCAAAGUUCUCGGCCAGCCCGAGACAGCCCAAAGCGAUUCGGUAACCGUCGCCGAGAACAUCUAUUACGGACUUUCCCUGUUCAACGAAACAUUUGGUGACAACGAGAAGGAACAUCCACCAUUCCAUGGUUUUAGCACUAAAGAGGCUAAGCUUUCCGUGUCUUACAUAAAAACGCAACAACAUGACACAGAAAACACAUCCGUCAAACCGCCACCUGAUGCCGUUGAUAAUCCUGCACCGCAGUCCAAUGAACAAAAUGUCACUGAUAUUAAAAACUCUUCUUCGAAUGCUGAGAAUAACGUAGAGAAAUUAUGUGAUAAAAGUGUGAAAGCAACAGAAGAUAUUAAGAAAGAUGUGACUAUAUUAAAUUCCAAACGUGCUACUAAAUUUCAUAGACCUAAAAGCCGUAAAAGUUGUAAAAAUAUUAAAUUCUCCAAUUUCAUGAAAACACCAGUAUUAAAAUCAGUGAAUAAUAUCUUAGAUCAACAUCAACGAACAAGGCAACUACGUAAUAGUACUGCAAAGAGAUUAUUACAAAGGGCAAAAUCUAAUAGUAACAAUGCACGUAAUAUGACAGCACAGUGCGGUGAUAAACCGAACGCUGUAAGAAAAUUUAUUUUACCAGUUCGAAGUGCCCAUUCGUCGAGAGUAAUUAAACCUAAUAAAAGAUUUAUUGAAGAAUUGGAAGAAAUUUCUGGAGCGGAGCACAGUGAAAAUGAAGUUGGUACUCACGUGAAGAAAGCUAAAUUUGCAUUAAAUAAACUUUGUAAUCAAGAAACAAAAUUAAAAGAAGAAAAUAUUAGUAAAUUAUGUACAAAAUUAAAAGAUAAAGAACUGAGAAAUAAGGCCAGGAAGGUGAUUCAGCGAGUGAAUUCCAAUGCCCAAACUGUAGUACAGUCUGUAAAGAAUUUUGAAAAGCCAGCACCUUCUAUACAAGACGCACAAGUAUCAAAAAUUAUUAAUACUGAUGUAAAAAGAAGUAAUUUAUCGAAUAAGAACAAAGUUGUAAAGAAUCCAUCUGAUGAUAAAGAAUCUAAUAAUGUCCAAGAUAAUUCACAAAACACAAUCAGGAAAGCUCAAAAUACAAAAUUAACCGCGUCCAAAAACCAGAAGUCGCUUUCUGUUCCUACAAAAGUUCUUCCUGAUUCCGAUGUUCCAAGUUCAGAGUCUUCCAGGAUUCAAACAAGGUCAGGAACGCAGAGUGAAGCUGUUGAUUUAGAAGUUCAGACAAAUCCUGCAGAUGUAGUGAAGACAAAAGAAAAUGUUAAUGCAAAAAUUCAAGGCAAUUCUGAUAACAGGAAUAAAACUACAGAGGGAAAUUCAGAUAACUUUGAUACAGAAAGUACACUGUCCGAGAGUGGAAGCGAGCAUAGCAAUCACACAGAAGAUGAGCAGUCAGAAUGGACUGGGAUGAAGUUAAAUGGUGGAAAAGUUAUUUUAAGGAAAGCAAGGUUAAAGUUAGAUAACAAAUGUGUAGGUGGAACCGAAGGACCUUUUUCAACAACAAAUAACAAUAGUGUUACAACUGGAAAUACUAAUUUAGGAUUAACAGGUACUAUUAAAUGUGGAGUUUGUGGUGCUGUGCGAUUUUAUCGAUUCGUAAAACAAGCUCGAAAAUUUGGUAUUCACAGUUGUGAAUCGUGUAGAAAGUUUAUCAGUAAAAUGAUCAAACGACAAGCUUGUGCAAAAUCUACAAAUAGUACUCUACCAAUCCUUCAAUGCCAUAAAGGAGAUGGUUUAUGUUUAGUACCACCUGUUGUGAGAAGUCAGCAAUGGAAUCUCAUGAGAUGCGUUUAUAAAGCCAGAUGUCCAGCAUGUUGGUUGAAAAUGUGUUUGAAAUGUUAUAACAUUCCUUCUUCAUUAAGAACUGGCUUGAAUGCAUUAUUACCACCAAUGAUGAGAGAUCCUUUAAGUGUUCCAUUAUCAUUGAAUCAAGAAGAUACUGACAGUCCAGGUCAAAAAUUAAUAUCUUAUAAGUUAGGCUGGCCCGCAGAAGAUAGUUCAGAAAAGAACUUAUUUAAAUCAGCUAUGAGUUGGAGAAAUAUAGAAAUGGGCCAAAAAACUAGUUAUCAAGGCACUGGUGGUUUUAUGUAUACAAAAUUAGAUAAAUUUAAUCCGAUUACAAAUUUUAUAGUUGAUUCGACGCUGAAUAUAUCGCCUAGUAAAAAAAGAAGAAAAAACAAUAGGAUAAAAGUGAGGAAGAAAUUAAAAAAUCCUAUGUUCUCCUCGCCAUCUUUAAAUCAAUGCCCGCAACCCCUGAGACAGAGACUUGAAUUAAAAGGACCAAGAGUUAAACAUGUUUGCCGAAGUGCAAGCGUUGCUCUUGGUCAACCGAUUGCUACUUUUCCCUCUGUUGAUGGGAAAGAAGAUACUGAAAGCAAUAAGCACAUUCCGAAAACACUAAAGGAAAAUGAUAGGCUAGAGAAAAAAAGUGAUACAAAGGAAAAGGAGCAGCAAAAACAUAACGAUGACAACACUACAAAUACAGUACAACAACCUCAUCCAAAAAGAGGGAAAACGCAACAAAAUAUGUCAGCAUCAAAUCUUCAAAUGGUACCUAAAACAAAUAAUGACACAUUACAUGCAGUAUCUAUAGAUUUUUGGGAACAGUAUGAUCCCGCAGAAGUUGGUGCAAAAGGUUUUGCCCUUAUUGGUUCAGAACUCUUCCAUAUUUCUGCUAUUUGUUAUCUCUGUGGAAGCGCUGGAAAAGAACCACUCAUCCAUUGUCAAUGCUGUUGUGAGCCAUAUCAUGCCUUUUGUUUGGAACCCAGUGAAUGGAAUGCUUGUGCCCAACCAAAUUGGUGCUGUCCUCGAUGUACAAUAUGCCAAUCCUGCCAUCUAAGAUCUGGUCCAAAAUUGUCUUGCAUUCGUUGUCGUCAAUCAUUUCAUCACUCGUGUUUGUCAAAAUCUGGUGUCAGUGCGAGACUUUACAGUCCUGAAAGACCUUAUGUGUGUCAAAGUUGUGUCAAAUGUAAAAGCUGUGGUAGCGAAGGAGUUAAUGUUCAUGUGGGCAACUUACCGUUAUGCUCCAUGUGUUUUAAAUUACGUCAACAAGGAAAUUAUUGUCCUCUAUGUCAAAGAUGUUACAACGAAAAUGAUUUUGAUACGAAGAUGAUGGAAUGUAGCGAAUGUUCUUACUGGGUACAUGCCCGUUGCGAAGGACUUUCCGACGAACGUUAUCAAAUUCUUAGUUAUCUACCUGAUUCUAUUGAAUUCACUUGCAGUCAAUGUUCCUCAAGCCCUAAUUCUAUUUGGAGGAAUGCCAUAGAAGCUGAACUGAAAGCUGGUUUUAUAGGUGUUAUAAAAUCAUUAAGUAAAAAUAGGAAGGCUUGUGCUGCAUUAAAAUGGAGUCCACAGAAAGAGUGUUCGUGCAGGUCUGCUUCCACUAUAAAGAAGUCAGAUUUUUCAGACGAUAAAGUUGAGUCAAACGCAAUAAAUGCUAAAGAAGUUCUCAACGCAGAUGAUUCCGAAGAAUCUGUCAACGAAAAAUCAAAAACUACAGAAUCUACUCUUAAUAAUAAUGUAAAAUCCGAUACAAGCAAAUCAGACGAAGAUCAACCAAGUGAUUGUACUAAUAGAAGAGGUUUAAGACGACUUCGGCAAAAGUUUCAUUUGAAAGAAUGUUCGGUUCGGGUGAAAAAUUGUGCUCUGAAAGAUUCUCAAGAUAAUGACAAGAAAGACUCGGUGAUCCAAGAAAGUUCAAAUAGUAGUUCAAAUGAUUCAGAAUGUCACUGUUCAGAUCAACAAAUUAUCGUUAGGCCCUCGCUCACGUUAAUGUCGGUGAAACAGAAAGUUAAUAAUAACGAAUAUAAAACACUGUCACAGUUCCAUUGUGAUAUGGAACACGUGAUUAAUCGUAUUGCAUCUAAAGAACUUAUUGAUGCUUACCAUGAAAUUUUACGAGAAGUAUUUCCAUGGUUUAGUCCGAAAAAUGCUAAAAGUAAUGUGGAAAAAAGUGAUACAUUAGUAACGACAAAGGAUGUUAAAGAUGACAGUUUAGUUGGAAAGCUUGACGAUUCCAUUCUGGAAGUAUGGAAGGAAGAAGUGAUGAAAGCACCGAAAGCAAUUGCCGCUAAAACAGCAAAUUUAUAUAAUGUUCAUGUUGAAGACAGUAGAUCGUGUUGUUUGUGCAAAGGUUUAGGAGAUGGUGCAGAAACGAAAGAAGGACGUCUCCUGUAUUGUGGACAAAAUGAGUGGGUUCAUUCUAACUGUGCACUUUGGUCCAAUGAAGUAUUCGAAGAAAUCGAUGGUUCUUUACAAAAUGUCCAUAGUGCUAUUUCCAGGGGUCGGUUGAUUCGUUGUUCGGAAUGUGGGAAGAAAGGAGCAAGCGUUGGUUGUUGUGCAAAAAAUUGUAGUAGCACGUUUCAUUAUCCUUGUGCAAGGAACGUUGGACUUGCCUUUAAUGACGAUAAAACAGUAUUUUGUUCUUUGCAUUUAAAUAAUUGUACUCAUAAAACUUUACAGAACGAGAACGAAUUCAGUUUACGAAGACCAGUAUACGUAGAGUUGGAUCGCAAGAAGAAAAAGUAUGCAGAACCGAGUAAAGUGAAAGUUAUGAUAGGUUCAUUGAUGAUUGAUUGUUUAGGUACUGUUAUACCUGAAUACUCUGACACGGUUGAAAAAAUCAUACCUUGCGAUUAUAAAUGCUCUCGACUAUACUGGUCCACAGUAAACCCUUUUAAAAUUGUAAGGUAUUACAUUAGAACAUACAUACAAGUAUAUGUACCAGAAGUCUCUCCCGAUCUAGAACAUAAUGUAACCAUUGAUCAUUCGAAGGAGCAGGAAAAGGAAACUACAUUGGAUACACAGAAAAAUGAAUAUUUGGCUGCGAAACAAACGUUGGAUGCUUUGGUUGAUGCAGUGUGCAACAAAGAAGUUGAUGAAAAUUUGGUGGAACAAAAUAAUACUGAUAUUUUACCUCCAGAAUUAGAGGAAGCUAUAUUUGAAGAUUUGCCGCAUGAUUUAUUAGACGGUAUAUCUAUGCAAGAUAUAUUUCCAAAAAUGACGUACGAAGAUUUUUUGGCGAUGGACUUAAAAAAUGAUGGUACCUUUGCAACUGAUCUAUUCAAAGAUGACAUGUUAACGCCUGAAGUUGACGAAAUUAUAAAACCAACUGAAAACAAGAUAUCAAAGGUAGAUCCUUCUUUGUUGGAGUUAGGACCGCACAACGAUCUUUGGGUUCACUUGGAGACAAAAACGUUUGUUCAAGAUCUGAUGGACGACUUGUUCAGUUCUAAAAAACGUGGAGGUAGGGAGCUGAAGAGAUCCAAAUCAGAAGUGAUGUCAAACAGUCCACUGAUUGUUGGAGGACAAAGGCAUCAUCAACGGUCUUGUAGUUUAACUUGGAGUUGUAAACUGGAUAGUACUUAUGGUCCCAGCAUAAAAAGAAGAAAAUUAUCAAGGAAUUCAAGUAUGACCAAAUCUAGUGAAACAAACGUUACGGUAUUAGAUUCACAGAAUGAACGUCCACCUACUUUGCAUGAGCUAAGAAUUCCAGAGAGUGUAAUGGCCACUGUAGGUAGAGCAAACACACCCAACAUUUUAUCUGAUUCCGUGCGGGAAUUAAAGUAUUGUAUCGAGGAUGCGAGUGGUAUUAAUCGCCGAGUAAUAUCUACUAGUCGUGAAGAAGGAAAGGAACAUAAGCGGCUCUUCUGGCACACGAGGCAACAACCAAGAAUAUUACAAGUUGAUGGUACUGUUGACCCAAGUAGUGCCAGCGAAUGUAGUUCACCGGAAUACAACACUGAAGAGAAAACCACAGAAUUACCUAUGACAGAAGAUUUAUCGAUCCCUCAAUUAGAUGGUAUUAACGACGAAUCCUCCUGUGACAGUAAUGAGUUUACUGUACCCGCUGAAAAAGAUUUUAAUUCGUGCAUGAAACCUUCAAAUGGUUUACGGUCGAAACGAAUAUACGGAUUCAUUAAAUCCCACAUUUCAAAAAAUAAUGAUAAAUCACAGAAAAUCAAAGAAAUUGACAGUUAUUCCACUUGUCAGAAGUAUGGACAUCAAGCCAAGGAAAAUAAUUUGAAGUUAAAUUUAAAAAUUCCUCAAUUAGAUGGUGCUGAUGACAUUUCUAGCGACGACGAGUGCAUAUCACCGAAACAUAUUGAAAAUGAAAGGAUCAAUGUUACUGCUCAGUAUGAUGCACCGUUUGAUCAUAUAGAUCGUCCUGUAACUUGUAAACGAUGCCGUUGUACCUACAGAACACAAGAUAGUUAUAAUAGACAUCUGGCAAACUGUGAUAUCAUGAUAACAAGUGACAGCGAUUCAGAAACUAUGGAUAACAAAUUGGCAUCACCCGAUUCCAGAUUCUCUCCAAGUAUCGGAUCCGUGUCGCCACAGUUUAUUACAUUGUCUCCAUCUGAAGGGCAUACUCUUUCUUCUGACUAUCCAGAUAUGCAAGCCACGUCUCCUUUAGAAGCUUCUGUGCCAUCACCUCAUCCAGCUAUUCAAAUUGAACCGAUAGCACAGGCAAUUAUUACACCACAGAUUCAUACUCAUGCAACUGUGGAAACUGUUCAUCAAACAGUAUUAACAUCUAACGACAUGAUUGUGCAAACACAGUAUACUAGAACAACAACCACAUUACCAAAUGCAACAGUAUUACCGCAAGAAAGUACUGUCCAAAUAACAGAAAUCACAGAUCCGCCAUCUGUUGCAAGUGAUUCUAGCUUGUCACAGAAUUCUCCAGAUAGUGCAAGUACACAGACAAUUCCGAGUCCACAAGUAUCUCCAACAUUUUCAUCUACCGGCGUACAAACUGCGAGCAAUGACUCGCAGACGAAUUGUCAGAUGACAAAAUUGGUCAAAUCAAAAUCUCCAAGAGCACCGAAAUCUCGAGCUAAGGGAAUUAAAACGCAGAUUGUAAAGAAUAGCAUGCAACCCCAUAAUGGACACAACAGAUUUCAACCUAUGCAAAACAAUACUCCGGUUAUACAAUUGCAGCAAACUCAAAGACCGAGCGGGCCAACUGUAAUAUUGCAACAGGUUGCGUCUCCUGGAAUUAUGUCUGCGUACGUUGAAACGCUGCAACAACAGUCAGGACAGAAUCUUCAGUAUGUAACAACAAUUGGUGGUCAACAUGAGGCAGCGUUUAAACCUCAGUUCAUAACAACUAAUCAUUUAGUUCCUGGUGCAUAUAUACAAGCAUCCUCUGAUAAUUUAUUGGCAUUACAAAAUGGAGGUAUAUCAAUAUUACCAGGUGUACAAAUUGCACAAACGCAACCAACGGUUCUAGGAACUAUUAUUCAACAGCAGCCCAAUGCAAUUCAAUGUGGAGUUAUAUCAUCUGAACAACUAUUGUUAAGUUCAACGCCUACAUUAGAAAUGUUUACAGAUUCAACUGGCAGUAUGUUUCUUUCCAACCAACCAAUGUAUUACGGUUUGGAGACUAUUGUGAGCAACACUGUAAUGUCUUCCAGUCAGUUCAUGGCUGGCACAGUACCACAGGUGUUAGCGAGCAGUUACCAAACGACAACGCAAGUUUUUCAAGCAUCUAAACUCAUGGAGCCUAUCGUGGACGUUCAGGCUGUUCCAGGUGUUCCCACUGUGACAGCUGUGCAAUCUGUGCAGAAUGUACCUGGAGUACCUGGAGUGCCUAAUGUACCUAACGUUGCUAAUGUACCCAGUGUAUCCAACAUACCCAACAUAGCUAGCAUACCCAGCGUAUCUAGUAUAACCAAUGUACCUAACAUCCCUAAUGUACCCACCAUUCCAACUAUACCUACCGUACCCUCUGUAUCCAAUGUACCUAAUGUAUCCAAUAUUCCAAGCAUAACAAAUAUAUCCAAUGUAUCCAGUGUACCUACCGUUCCCACAGUGCCCACAUUACCUAAUGUACCCAGUGUACCUAGCAUACCUAGUGCAUCUGGUAUACCAAAUAUACCAAGUGCAGCUAACGUAUCAAAUGUACCUAAUGCAUCUGGCGUACCUAACGUGCUCGGUGCACCAAGUAUACCUAGUGUACCAAAUAUAUCCAAUGUAUCUGGUAUACCUGGUGUACCCAAUGUACCUACAACACCUAGUGUACCUGGUAUACCUAAUGUACCUAGCGCAUCCAAUGUGUCCACUAUACCCAGUGCACCUACUUUACCCAGUACUUCUAAUGUAACUAACGUACCAGCUGUACCUAAUGUUCAAAAUGUAUCCAGUAUGCCCAAUUUGCCAUCUAGUGUGGGAAAUAUGCCUGCAGUACCCGGUGGUUAUGUUGUAGUAAAUCAAACAGCACCUCUAACAGAAUCUAUCGUAACGCCACAGAUUAAUAUGUCUGCAACAUCCGAACAAAGCUUCGCUUCAGCCACGUGUAACACCAUAUUGCCUGUAUCGUGUCAAAGUGUCGUAGAACCAGUGACGUCUAUACAACUAUCAGACACGUGCCCAUCUGAGCCUCAAGCUGUGACCAGAGUAACAUCGUCGCCCAAGUUAUUGCAAAACUCAAUACCGACUAUACCAAGAGUCGCUGUACGUCCUAGUCCAGUGUCUAACUCUGUUACUCAACUGAACAAUGGACCAUGGAAAAUCACAGAACCGUUAUUUGGUUCAGAACAGAUGAUGAAUAAUAGUGUCCGACCAUACUUUGACUCUAAACAUGUAUCAGAGAAUACCAGCAUGAUAAAGUCUAGCAUAUCAUCUAAAAUACCCCCAUUACCUAAUCACUGUAUAACGCAAAGGGAUAUAAUUGUAAAUAAGUUAAGCCAUGAUGUAAAUAGUGUGCAUAAUAAUUAUAGUAAUACGGUACCGAAUUCAAACAACAUUAAUGUAAGUACAAGUAAUAAUCCAGUUAUUACCAGCUCGUGUAUACAAAAUAAGAUAACAAGCAACGUACCAACGAGCCGACCGAUGAAUAGAGUAUUACCCAUGCAAGCUGUGACCCCUAAGCAAGACACGACUAAGGCAAUGCAGAAAACAGAAAUGAUCAUAGAAGAACCGACGAAGCCUGAAAUAAAGCCGGCAGAACCGGAGCCAAAACUUACAGAAUCAAAGAAGCAAAUCGUCGAAGCUGUUGCGCCGACAGUCAAGAAACCACCUGAAACGACUAUAAGCGACAUAAAUGAUACCCUGAAAUUAAACACAGAGACUAUAGAGAAGGUGAAGGAAAAUCUGAAAUUGGAACUGGAUAAAGAGAAACUGCAAAAUGCAUCCUUGAAAAUAGUAUUACAGAAGCAGCUACAAGAUGGUUCUUAUAAAAUCACUCACAACAUGAAAGCGGUGACACAAAACAAGAAGUCUCCUCAGGUAACCUCUGUAGAGAUAUUACCAACAAAACAGGUACCUCAGAUAGCUUCUUUGCAGCUGUUACCUAUUAAAACAUUUACCUUGAAGGCAAACAAAAUCGAUGAGAAAGUGAAACCAAUAGAUAAUAAAUUCAACAUAUUGAAAACAAAGGUUCCACCGGUUGCUGUCAAGAAGCCAAGAAUGAUCAGCAAGUCGAUUAAAUCCGUACAAUCGAAUUUACAAAAUACACAGACACAGAAACCCUCUUCGAAAGGACCAAUGUUAAUGUAUGAAAUAAAAUCACAGGACGGAUUUACCCAUACUGCUUCAUCAAUGGCUGAAGUAUGGGAGACUGUGUUUCAAGCUGUUCAAAGUGCUCGAAAGGCUCAUAACUUACCUCCGUUGCCUCAUAACCCUCUUACUGAAAAUCUAGGCUUGGAAAACAACGCUACAGUGUACUUGGUGGAACAGCUACCAGAUGUGAAUAAGUGUACCAAGUAUAAACCUAGGUUCCACAAUUUAACACCACCUAAGCCAGGAGAAGCGGAGAAUGACCUACCAACAGCAUGUGAUAAUGGUGCUGCUCGUGCAGAACCAUUCAAAGGAAGGAAGGUUCAUGACAUGUUUAGUUGGCUGGCAUCUAGGCACAGGCAGCAGCCAAAACUGAUUGCUAUCUCAGAAGCUGAAUCCAGACGAGUGGCAAGCACAAAUUUGCCAAUGGCCAUGCGGUUCAGAAUACUUAAAGAAACAUCAAAGGAAUCAGUUGGAGUAUAUCAUUCUCACAUACACGGCAGAGGUUUGUUUUGUUUAAGGGACAUUGAAGCUGGAGAAAUGGUUAUUGAAUACGCUGGUGAGGUAAUUCGAGCCUCCUUAACUGACAAACGGGAGAAAUAUUACGAUAGUAAAAACAUAGGAUGUUACAUGUUCAAAAUCGACGAUCAUCUAGUCGUUGAUGCUACGAUGAAAGGAAACGCAGCUAGAUUCAUUAACCAUUCGUGCGAGCCAAACUGUUAUUCGCGAGUGGUAGACAUCCUAGGUAAGAAACACAUUUUGAUUUUUGCUCUGCGUCGCAUUAAUCAGGGGGAAGAGUUAACGUACGACUACAAGUUUCCCUUCGAAGAUAUCAAGAUUCCAUGUACCUGCGGUUCACGCAGAUGUCGUAAAUACCUCAAUUGAGACUGCGUAUACAGCUAUUCUAAGCAAACGAUACGUGCUAUAAUUACCGAGCGCUUUGGGAUAGGAUUCAUUUUAUUGAACGUUAUUCAUUUAAUCAUCAAACUAUUUUCAGAGAUUGCAGCUUUUUAUUACUAUAAAGGAAAUAGAUAUAUUAGAAGGCCAGAAUAUAGUACACGAGAAAACAUUCGCGUUAUGACAAUGUUACUUCAAACAGCUACGAUUCGUAGUUGAUUUUAAGGAGUCUACUUAUAGCAAUAAACAAUUGAACGUGUCCUGCUUUCUCUAUCCGAAUGAAUCUCUUAUCACUUGGAGAUUCAAGAAAGUGUUACUUUUAUCCACACACAUAUACAUAUACACACACACAAUACACAGUACAUAUGUGCUUUAAUGCACUUCUUUUAGACUCUACUUUAUUAUCUACUAUUGAGGCUUAAGUGUACAAGUUAUCGUCACUUUACACUAAAUCCAAAACGCUUUCUAGCAUGUACGUUUCUUCUCUGUAUACUCUUAAGUUAGGGUUUGAACGAAUUCGACGUGUAAUUGGACCAAAUUGAUACAUGAAAUUCGACAAAAGUGUAUAGCACAAAAUCGACGUACUUAGAGGGACAACCAUAGCGUUUCCCACGACCGUGACUUAACACGAUUAACCCUUUCAGGCACGAAAGGCCAUUAUAAUGGUCGUUCAAUAAAUCUAAAUAUCUGUAUCAUUCGAACGACCACUGUAAUAGGUGCCUGCACGAGUAAAGUCAGGUUACUGAUAAAGUUCUGACGAUUGUUAAGAUUAAAAAAGGAACAAUGCUAUCGACAUUUCUUCUUGUACAAAAACGAACUUUAUCCGUGACAAAGGUGCACCGGAAAGGGUGAAAUGAAACGGUCGUUCAACGAAUGAAACUUGUGAAUCAGAGGCACAGGGAUAUAGUUAAAUAUAUUUUUAAAUAUUUUAUGUAAAUCUACAUUUAGUGUACAGUGUACGAUUAACUUCGUGACAUUUCAUGUCUGAUGUAGGGCCAGAUCUUCAAAUGUUCUUUGUAAAUUAUGUAAUUGUUAGAGUUAGAGACAUUGUCCUUGAUGUAAGUACCAGCUACCAGUACUAACUUAAGAUGGUAAUUUAGACACUAAGGAAGAAAGAAAGAAAAAAAAUUGAUAAUGAGUGUGAGGGGAAGAAGGAACAGUUUCCUUUCAAGCAUUCAGGAUACUGUUCGAAGGCGUACCUACUUUGGCAGACAUUGAUGAUAUUUUAAGUCUUACGGUAGUGACCAAAAACACAUUAAAACGAAAAAAUCCAAAAAAAAAAUCAUAAGAAAAGAAACGGGAAACAAAAGGUUGCUUCCCAAACAAAAAAUGUAAAGUAUAUUCAUUCGAAGAUGAACGACUUUACGUACUGCGCAAUAUAUUAUUUUGAUACGUGUUUUUUUUUAUAGAUCUUUUUGAACAGUGCACCCACGCGUUUGUGCUUCCGCCUUGCCAAUAUUACAAUAAUUAAUCUCAUUACUUUAUUUUUAUAGAGAAACUUCUCUUCUUCUUCUAUCUUUUUUUAUUUUACAAAAGCUCCACCGCUGAUCAUGAAAUCUUUUGUAAGCUUACGUUCAUACAAAAUGUAUAAAUGAAAAGAUAAAGCUAAUAAUAAUAAUGAUAAUAGUAAUAUUAACGAUUAGACGAUUGUUUCGAGUGAACUUUUCUAGAAUAUUUCUAGAAAACGUUUGUGAUAUUUUCCCACACUGGGAGAAGUUAAUUGUGAAUGAGAAAAGAACGUUCUUUAUAAGGAAUGUAUUUUCAGACUUUUUACGGAUAUACAUGAAUGUGUUAUGUGUGUCCGUGAAAAAAAAAAGAAACAAAAAGCACCUUUCUGUGAAAUGCAGUUUUGCCUUACCUUUAAUGUACCUACGCUUGAAACCCGGUGAUAGAUAUUUAGAUGUACCCUCAUGAACGAUGACUUGUAUUCAAAAACGACAAAAAGAAAAAAAUAACAAGCUAAUUGUGUCUAUCGCAUCCAUAUUAAGCUAUGAUAUAAAAAAAAAGGUAUUUUUAGUGCGGUCAAUCAAUUUCUGCCGAGGUGGUUGUCCCUUGAAAAUUUUUUGGUGCUCCAUGAACACCGUUAAGUGCACUUUAAAGCGAGAAAUAAGAUGACGACGAUGAUGGUGAUGAUGAUGAUGAAAAAAGAAAAAUAAAAAAAAGAAAUGGCCUAGAGUAAGAGAGAGAGAAUAAGGAUGGAAGUGGAGAAAGAGUGUUUUAAAUAAAUUAAGAGAGGAAUAAACGCGAAUUUUAUUUAAAUAUUGUAUAAACGAGAGUGAAAUGAUGGCAGGAACAUUAUUCGAGCACGCGAAGUUUUUUAAGCAACGUUUGUCGGUCGUGCAACAAUUUUUUUAAUCGGCCUGGUUUGGUACAAAAUGCGUAUGAUGAUUUGUAAAAAGUUAUAGAAGAAGAAAAAAAAGAAAAAAAGAAAAAAAAUGAUAGGACGAGGGAUAUGAAAAAAAAAAAAUGGAAACACGUUCUGGUCACGAGAAAUUGCCAUUUUUCUUUAGGUAUUUUUCUUUUUUUUUUUUUUUAAAUACACCGAAAAAUGAAUAUUGUUAAUAUAAUGAUGAUUAAUUAAUUAAUAAUCUGUAAAGAUGGAGAAGGAAAAGGAAACAAAAUGAGGUAAUUAACGACGUAAGAAUGGUAAUUUUUACUUGAAGAAUAUAAUAGCAAUGUUAGAUAUUUUAUUGAUAUUUAUUAUUACUUAUAUUACACGGAUGACGGUUCUAGGGUUAUAACGAAACAAUUAAAAACUAAUUGAAUUUAUAAUAAACAUGAUUUUUAGAGAGCAUAGUGCCGCACGAUGGUCUAAAUAUUGUUGAAAUAAUAUAAACGCCAGCUUCUUUUUUAAUCGAUUGAUUUUUCUCUUUUUUCUUUUUUUAAUCUCAUAUAAUUGUUAUGACACGACAUCACCGCGAAUGAAUUUUUUCUGGGGAUAUACAUAUAUGUGUAUUACACACACACACACAUAUAUAUAUAUAUAUAUAUAUAUGAAAUAUAAAUAUAGAUGGUGAGAUUCGUUAUACAUUAUAUUCCCAUGGCAAGAUUAAUGAAUUAAUUACACGGUGAUUGUAAUAAUAGUCUAUAAUGAGUAUAUUUACACGUGUCGAUAGACGAAUUAAGAACAUUGUUUUCUAUUUUAUUUAUAAAUCCAUUGAAAUACUUUUACGCUCCGCGGAAGAUUUAAAAAGAAAAGAAAGAAAAAGACAACAUAGCUUUUAACAAAUCAUACUUUGACAAACUCGAAUGGAACAAAGCGUAUACCUCUGUUGUAUUUUUUCUUUUCUUUUUUCUCAAUAGAUUCUUGGAGCGUGUACAAGGCUUGUUUAGUAUUACGCAUCAUUAUUAUUAUUACGAUUAAUUAUAAUCUAUACACGAGAUGAUAGAAAAGCAUAAUACAUCACCACUCAAUCAUAUUGUGCACCACCAGUUUGUUUACUACACCAGUCAGCACCCACUUAUUUUUUUUUCUUCAAAAAGUGAUUCGAACACACAAAAUUUGAUACAAGUAUAUACAUGUGUAAUCUUGAAAAUUUCGAUAUGCAUUGGCGUCCAUAAGUAUUAGGACACAAAUUUUUAUUUUUUAUUCAAAUACGAAUAAAUUAUUAGAAAUGAUGUGGAAUGUAAUUAAGAGGAUAAAGGGUUCGAGAUUGAGUUAUGCUGACUUUCUCGGUAUUUUGCGACCCUUAGCUUGUUCUGGGAUCUUUCGGGUAUUUCGUUGGCUCUCCCUGGCUCUCCCUAGCUUUCCCUGGCUCUCCCUAGCUCUUCCUGGCUCUCCUCAGCUUUCCUUGGCUCUUCCUAGCUUUCCUUGGUUCUCCGGUCCUUUCAUAGUCUCUAGUUCUUCCUAAGACCACCUCGAAUUAUCUCUGACUCCCUAGGUCCCUUAGGUCCAAAUCUUUCCCUACAUCUUCCCCCGAGGUCCCAGCUUCUCCUUUAAUCAAAAGUCUACUGCAUUCGAAUGUACUUCCAAAUUCUAAUGGUAACUAUGUAACAAAAAAUUGGAGAUGUACUUAAUUCAUUAAAAUCGUAUCCUAAUACUUAUCCUAAUACUUAUGGACGACAAUGUAAUUGUACGUAUACUUCGGGUAAUUGAAAGUGUUGGACAUAGGUUUUUUGGUAUGAUGACGAGUGGUUAAGUUCAAUCAUGGAACUUAUUUUGUUACGACAAUUUCAAAAUUAUCGCAGCGUUGCAUACUCUUGUAAUUAUAGGGUUUCAUCUCCAGGGGCGGAUCCAAAAGUUGUACUCUUCAGGAGAGAUAUACAUGAAUCCUUUGCACGAUGUUUGUCUAAAUUCGGUGAUAAUGUUCAGAGGAAUUAUUUAUGCAUUAUAUAAAAUUGAGAAGAGAAAAGUAAUUUUAUUUUGUAAUACGAAUUAAUUUGUUGCGGAGACUCCAUUGUAUCCUCUCUGGAUCCGUCACUGUUCAUCUCUUCGGCUCCUUGUAAAAAAGAAAGAGAAAUUGAAGAAUUAACUGAUUGAAAUGUAAAACGCUUUUAAAAAACACGUAUUAACAUAAAAUACUACUAUUAGAAUUUUGAAUAUUGUACUUGUUUGUGGAAGAAGGAAGAAGUAAAAAAGAGAUAAGUAAUACUAUUGAUAAAUUAAAAAAAGAAAAGGAAGAAAGGGAAUGGAAAGGAAAAUUGAAAAAAAUUGUCUGUGAUUAUCAGUCAUAAUAAUCUUUAGGUCGACAUAUUUUUUAGAGAAUAUUUUUUAGCAAAUUACAAAAUUUAUGAUAUACCCCUAUUAUUGAUAUGAUAUUGGAUCAGAAACACGCUAUGCAUAAUAAUUAUUAUAAAAGAAAAAGAAAAAAAAAGAAUUGAAACUGUAAAAGUUGCAAACUGUUUAAAUAUAGAAUUAUGAAUAGUUGAGAUCGAUGGCUGUUGUAAAAUAUUCAGUGUUUGGACAAAUAAUUAUUAAAACUAUUUAUAAUAUAAUAUAUAUAAAUAUAUAUAUACUAAUUAUAUUGCAUAUUAAUUAGUAGCGUUUCUAAUCUCUUUUUUGCGUUCAAAUAUUCAUCAGAAAUAGAUUAUUAGAAAAAUAAAGAUUGGUCGAUGACCCACAAGAUGAAAAUUUAAAUAAAUAAAUAACUGAAUAAACGAAGAGAUGCUGCGGACAAAAUGGGACGUGUAAAAAAUUGUCGUUAUAAAAAAUCCAUCUGUAGACAACUUAUUGAAGUAAUCAAGUAACGUUUACAUUAACCAGAUGAUAUGCAUACCACAUAGAAAAAUGAAAAACACAUAACCGCUUUCAUUACACACACGUACAUACAUACACAUACAAAAAAAAGAAGAGAGAGAGAGAGUGAGAGUGAGAAUGAAAGAAAGAGAGAAUACACCCACACUCCCUGUACACCCAUGUUUUGUAAUUAAAUGUUUUGUUAGUAUUAUAUGAGAAAUUAACAAAAUAAAAACACAAAUGGAAGUAUA